AUGUUCAAGAUGGCUCUUCGCCUUCUCUUCGUCACCGCCGCAUUUCGUUGUGCAGAGGCCUCUCUUCGAGGAAACCUCCACGCGAGUGCAGGGUCCAUGAGCACGGCUCAGCUCCGCGAGACGGUCCUUCAGGAGGUCAUGACAGCCCUCGGAAGUGGCAACCGCAUCACAGAGAAACGGCUCAAAGCCAUCGAGAGCUUGCUGCAACCAACCUUUCAGGCUAUGCCCAAGAAUGCCUAUGGGAACCUGGAGGAUGCUGCAGCCAGGUAUGUGCUACAUCGCCUGUUUGUUCAACGUCAUGCAAUGUACAUCAAGGGCCUGGAGGCCAACGGCAUGAACUGGAAGAACAUGACGACUACAGAGGUUCUGGAGGAGCAUGUCCCGUCCUUUGUGCUGUCGCUUUUCGAAGAUCGCUUGAAGGACCAGGGGCUUGGCCUUCAUGAGCUGACCGUGCUGGCAGCCACGUUGGAGCACCUAAUUCAUGACGAGGCGGUGAAUCGGCUGUCUGUGGUGUACGAGGCACACAACAUUUCUAUGUCGGAUCGGGUGCAAGAGGUCACGUUACAGGAGUUGAUUGACACCUACAUGACGAUUUUCUUGGUUGGAACGCAAAACUUCACCGCAAAUACAGUUUCAAGUGAGCGUGCGCUGAUCGCGGACAGCUACCCCGGAUGGCAUGAAACGCGAAAAUUUACGGUGCAAGUGCGCUCCACCGUGGUAGCGAGCAAGGAUUUGGAUGUGGAGUUUGCUCCUGACAACUUCUCAUUCCGGGCAGCUACAGAGAUCGUCGAGGAGAUUGGUGAGAGGUAUGGCCGAUGGCAAGACUCAGAGUGCCGUGACUUGAAGAGUUCGCUUAUGAAGUACGAACACACCGGCAGUGGACGACUUCUUCUCAAGGAUUUCUAUUCGGCUGCGCUGGGCGGUCAGUGGCAGUUCUCUGAGAGCAUUGACUACCUUCGUGAACUAGGAGCGCUGGAUGAGUCGGAUCCUUCGCAGCUGGCCGUGUUCAUCCCAAACUAUGUCAACUCACACUCGAAUUGCGUGGCAUCAUCCAGUAUCUACUCGGUCUGUUGCAUCAACGAGUGCGAGGCGCUGCUGGGACACCUCGAAGCCAAGGUAGCUGCUCCUGAGGCGACUCCCGAGCAACUCCUGCAGAUCGUGUCCACGCUGCCCUCCGCGACCGUGCGUGCACCUCGAGGGCUCCCGAGUCAGCUUGGACUCCGUCUCCGGGAGGUUGCCGCACAGCAUGGUGGUGUGGUGCCGUUGCACGGGCGCCUCUUCGCACAAUGGUUGCACCACGCCUAUCCGCGGGAGUGCCCCUAUCCUCACGUGGCUGGCAAGACAAACCCCAUGACAGCAGAUGAAUGGAUGCAGGCUAAGGGCCUCUCUGUCUCUGCUACGAAGGAGGACAUGAAACGCUACCUGGAGGCGGCGCCUACAGCAGCCCCAACAGCAGAGCUGCCAUGGUCCUCCGAGGAAGAGCUCGUGGCGCGACAGAGCAAACCAGCAGGUCCUGGCAGGCCAGUUCGCAAGGUGUUCUUUGUGCUUUUCGGGCUGGCUGCCGCAUUCUCGCUUGGGAACCAUGCCUGGCAAGUUGCCCGGCAAGCGCGAGCUCCACUGCUUCCCUGUGUGCACAAGCAGCAUGCUUGCUGA